CAAACACAACAGGCUCUGCUGCAGACUGUUUGUGUAUCAGGUUCCAGGUCUUCUUCACCUCCAGGAGCCAUAACCUUUGGUCAAGUUUGUUGGUGGAUCUUUAACUGGUCGACACAACCUCAGGGUUGCGCAAGUCUGUAAAGCUCUGGACGUCAGGUGUGAGGACAGGGGAAGUCAGUAUACAUUCACACAAGUCACCUAUAGGUGAGCAAAAGUCAAGCACCUGCGCCGGGUGAAGGUUGAUCCAGGUCUGUCCUGCACCUGACGACUACUGUCAAUCAGCUCCGUCUCCGAACAAGCAAAUACAAGAUGAGUGAACAAGAGGAUUCGGUUAAAAGCAAUGGUGGUGUUGCAGUCCUGGAUGUUACAGAUGAGAGCAUCUCGACCCAAAAGGAACAGACCCUGUCAGACUCCACAAACUUAAACAACCACUCCCCUCUUAUCCUCAACGGCCACGCAACUAAAGCUGAGCUCAGCUCAACGUCUGAGCUGGAGGAAGCCACUGACAGACUUUCACUAGAAGAGCCCAAGGCAGUUCCCCUGCAGGCGUCGAAUGCGCUGGCACCUCUUGCACCAGCUGAUGAGCUAUGGAGCAGCAGCAGAGACAAGGCAGUCAGGCUGAGGAUGGAGGGCUCGGGUCCAGCCUCGGAGACUCCAGUGACGGUCCAUCAGCGGUUCCUGGAGACGGCGGAGAAAUAUGGGGAUCAUCCAGCCUUGGCUUUCAAGAAAGAGGGUCAGUGGGUGAAGGUGUCAUGGAGGCAGUACUAUGAGCAGUGCCGGGCAGCAGCUAAAAGCUUCCUCAAGUUGGGGCUGGAGCGUUACCGUGGUGUGGGGAUUCUGGGAUUUAACUCCCCUGAGUGGUUCAUCGCAGACAUUGGCUGCAUCUUUGCCGGGGGUCUGGCAACCGGAAUUUACACCACCAACUCACCUGAAGCUUGUCGCUAUGUGGCUGACAGCUGUGAGGCCAACGUCAUGGUGGUGGAGGACAAGAAACAGCUGGACAAAAUCCUGCAGAUUAAAGAUCAGCUACCUCAUCUGAAAGCCAUCGUCCAGUACAAGGGCGAGCCACACCAGAAAGCACCAUUCCUGUAUUCAUGGGCAGAGUUCAUGAAGCUGGGAGAGGACAUCCCGGAUGCAGAGCUGAAUGCUGUGAUUGACAGUCUUCGGGCCAACGAGUGUUGCACUCUCAUCUAUACCUCUGGAACCACUGGCAACCCUAAAGGAGUCAUGUUGAGCCAUGACAACCUGACAUGGACGAGCCGUACUGCAGCUACUUUUGUAGAUGUCAAGUACGCUGAGGAGGUGGUGGUCAGUUACCUGCCGCUCAGUCACGUGGCGGCCCAGCUCUGCGACAUAUGGAUGGGCGUUAGUUAUGGCAUUACCACCUACUUUGCAGAACCAGACGCCCUCAAGGGCUCCUUAGUAAACACAAUGAAAGAGGCUCGUCCAACUUGUUUUAUGGGGGUUCCUCGUGUGUGGGAGAAGAUGCAGGACAAGAUGAAAGCUAUGGCUGCAAAGGCAUCCCCAAUGAAGAGAUCAGUGGGGGACUGGGCCAAGUCCAUAGGCCUGCAAUACAACUACAGUGUCAUGAACGGGGAGAAUCAGGUGCCGUGGGGCUUCAUGCUGGCCAAUAAUCUGGUCUUCAAGAAAGUCCGUGCUGCGUUGGGUUUAGACCGCUGCAAGUUCUGCUUCACAGGAGCUGCCCCCAUAACCAAAGACACUCUGGAGUACUUCAUGAGCCUGAACAUCCCUUUGCUGGAGCUAUACGGCAUGAGUGAAAGCACCGGCCCUCACACCAUCUCCCAAAAUGACAAUUACCGGAUCACAAGCUGUGGAAAGUUGAUGGCAGGCUGCAAGACAAAGCUGGAGAACCCAGAUGAGCACGGGAGUGGAGAGAUUUGUUUCUGGGGUCGGCACGUCUUCAUGGGCUACCUGAACAUGCCGGAAAAAACAGCGGAGGCUCUUGACCAGGACGGCUGGCUGCACUCUGGAGAUCUGGGAAGACAUGACCAGAACGACUUCCUGUACAUCACAGGAAGGAUCAAGGAACUGAUCAUCACCGCUGGUGGAGAGAACAUCCCUCCUGUGCCCAUCGAGGACGCAGUGAAGGCCGAGGUGCCCAUCAUCAGCAAUGCCAUGCUGCUCGGAGACAAACUCAAGUUCCUCUCCAUGUUCCUCACUCUCAAAUGUGUCGUGGAUGACAAUGGCGAGCCCACAGAAGAGCUGAGCCCCGAGGCUUUGAGCUUCUGCCAGCAGCACAAUGUCAAGGCGACCACGGUGUCGGAGAUCAUAGCCAAUAAGGAGCCAGCUAUCUACAAAGCCAUCCAGGAGGGCAUGGAGCGCGUUAAUGCCAGAGCAACGUCCAACGCCCAGAAGGUCCAGAAGUGGGUCAUACUGGAGCAAGACUUCUCCGUCAGCGGAGGAGAACUGGGACCCACCAUGAAACUGAGGCGACCCAUUGUUGUGAAGAUGUACCAGGAGAAAAUAGACACACUGUAUGCAGAGGCAACAAAAAAACAAUAGACUGCUCUGCAAAGAGACGAGACAAUACUGAAGAGAGGUUUGAGGCAUGUUUAUGUGCUCAGACAUCAUACAGAGAAAUGUUUAAGUUUAAUGCGUAACCCUUCAUCUAUGGUCCGAUUGGGUCUGAAAACUUAGAUUUAAAGAAAAAUAAUGAUGCGCUUUAUUUCUCUAUCUCCAAUCUUUUUUUCACCUGAAUAUUAAAAGUGUAAAAGAGAUUUAUAAUUUAAUGGGAAAAAAAUCUUUAUUCCUAAAUGUGUUGUUUUUAAUGGAAUAGAAGUUUGUGCUGCUAUGUUUUGAUAUGUUUCUGUUGACUGUUCCAAGUUGAUAUUUUAGCUGAACUGAAUGUACAUACGGUUUCACAGCAGCUGUGCACAUUUUGUAAAU